CCCCUCCGCCAGGCUUCGUUCUGCAACAGGCGUGGGUCACGCUCUCGCUCGCUCGCUCUCUUUCUGCCGCCAUCUUGGUUCCGCGUUCCCCGCACAGAGCCAGACCGGGAUCCUCUCCCUCGGGUUGAGAACGCAGUGAUAAUUGCUUCUGUGUGGGAUUUGGAGUGUGGAAUAAAACGAAUCCCUGGGCACUGGGCAAUCCGCUCUCCGCGGAGUGAAGAGGAGCGACCAAAAAAAGAAAUGCCCGGUGAAGCCACAGAAACCGUCCCUGCUACAGAGCAGGAGUUGCCACAGCCCCAGGCUGAGACAGGGUCUGGAACAGAAUCUGAUAGUGAUGAAUCAGUCCCAGAGCUUGAGGAGCAGGAUUCUACACAGGCAACCACACAGCAAGCUCAGCUGGCAGCGGCAGCUGAAAUCGAUGAAGAACCAGUCAGUAAAGCAAAACAGAGCCGGAGUGAAAAGAAGGCACGGAAGGCUAUGUCCAAACUGGGCCUUCGACAGGUUACAGGGGUUACUAGAGUCACUAUCCGGAAAUCUAAGAAUAUCCUUUUUGUCAUCACAAAACCAGAUGUGUACAAGAGCCCAGCUUCAGAUACCUACAUUGUUUUUGGGGAAGCCAAGAUUGAGGAUUUAUCUCAGCAAGCACAGUUAGCAGCUGCUGAGAAAUUCAAAGUUCAAGGUGAAGCUGUCUCAAACAUCCAAGAAAACACACAGACUCCAACUGUACAAGAGGAGAGUGAAGAGGAAGAGGUUGAUGAAACAGGUGUGGAAGUUAAGGACAUAGAAUUGGUCAUGUCACAAGCAAACGUGUCUAGAGCAAAGGCAGUCCGAGCCCUGAAGAACAACAGUAAUGAUAUUGUAAAUGCUAUUAUGGAAUUAACAAUGUAACCAUCUGAAAAGAGGACCUUUUUUUGGUGUUUCAAAAGAGUAACUGCAGCUGGGUUUGAAAUUUGUACUGUUUCUAUCAUUAAUAAAGUUAUGGCUUCUUGUUGGA